AGGGCCUCUCACACAGGAAAUAGACGGGAGCUAAGCGGAAGUGCCGAGAAAUAUUGCUAGAUUGUUUUUGGAUGUCUGGAUUGAAACAGAGUUAAUUUCUCUCUCUAACGCAAUUAUAUGUUAUACUAACAUAAAAUAUGGGAAGGUAAUAUCUGUUUAGCAGGGUGCAAAUCUGUUUAAAGAAGUAAUCAAUUACACCGGUGCUAUUGGACAGUCCUUCAACACUCCCCCAGUCAUUCAUAGGCCAGAAACGUGUUGAUAUCUCUUCAUUAACUGUGGCCACAGCAUGGCUAACAGCGCCCCAAUAAUAGUGAAGGGUCUGUCCUCAGGUCCUGCAGGCAGGAGCAGUCCAGAGGGAUCUCAGAUGGUUUUUAAAUAUCUGGUCAUUUGGAUCUCUUUUCAGAUGCUGCUUCAGAUUGCAGAUGACUUCAUAGAAAGUGUAGUGACAGCAGCUUGUCAGUUGGCACGUCAUCGCAAAUCCAAUACACUGGAGGUUAAAGAUGUACAGCUACAUCUAGAGCGUCAGUGGAACAUGUGGAUUCCAGGUUAUGGAUCGGAUGAAAUCAGACAGUUUAAGAAAGCUUGUACCACAGAGGCUCACAAACAGAGAAUGGCGCUGAUCCGCAAGACAACCAAAAAGUAGCACAAAAACUAUAUUGUACCAUCUCUGUAUAUGUUUUUUUUUCUUUUGUUUGUCUUUUCUGAGUAAUGAAGUAACAUUGGUGUGUUGAGGGGUGCUUAAAUUGUGAUUUUUGUCUCUUUAACGUUUGACUGUCUUGCAAGAAUCACAACAAAAAAAAAAAAAUGCUAUUCAUGUUUUGAUCUUUUUCGUUGCCAUUAAAUCCAGACUGGCAGAUCCCCAUCUUAUUAUUUUGAAUUAAUGUUUACUGGAUUCUCUUUUUUUUUUUUUUUUUUUUGUAUUGAAUAUUAUUGGUUUUGCUUUUGAUACUGUUGAGCAUGAAUUUGUGAGUGUUACCGACUCUUAAGCCUUCUGAGGAAGGUAAUUUAUAAUGUUUUGCCAAGGUACAUGUUAGGCAUGAGAAAGCUUUCUGUUUACUCACUGUACUUUGUAUUCCCCUUUGCAUUUUCUGACAAUUAUUGAAAAGAAAUGUAUGCAGUUAAAUUUUCAGUGUCUGAAUAAAGAAAUUAUACUGGUAAAUUACAAAAAAAAUGUAAGC